CUGCUCUCUCUAGACAGAUGACGCCACAGGUUGGCAUUGGCAGCAAGGUAGAUGGAUAGAGACAAGGACAGCCAGCCCCCCUCCCCUCUACUCUCCUACUGUGUGGAUCAAAAGAUAGAUAAAUAAAACAAAGCAGAUUGACAAGUAAAUGAAUUUUUCAGGAAAAUUCCAAAGCCCAAAUAAAAACUAAGACCGGAGCUUUCCAUCAUCACCUUGCGCAAGGCCAGCGAGCAGCCGCCGUGUUUUUUAUAGCCCGGCUGACCAAUCGCCGGAGGAGGAACUCACCACCAGGUGUUCGCCCAUUUGGGUGUGUGUGAUGGAUGGAUAGAUAGAUUCCAAGUUUCCAACCCCAGCUAGCUGCUACUUGUUUGCUCCAAGCAGAAGCCAAGAACAGCUCCCUCCCAAGGAAGGAUCUUUUUCUUUUCCUGGAUUUGGCCCGGUUCUGUUCGGGAAAUCUUGGGCUGCCGGCGGCUGGAUCUCCGGGAGGAGGAUUUGAUGCCGGUUCUUGCUCCAUUUUGAGCCCGAAUCAUCCUGCCUCGGGACAGGCGACAGGCGAGCGGCCUUUCGAGCUCCCAGGAGCCGCGGAGGGUGAGCGAGGCGGCCUCCGAGCGCUCGGGAAGGCGGCGAUGCCGCUGGUUUGAUUCUGGUUCACGCUGCUGCUGGGGAUGGAAUCCAGCGGGGAGGAGCUCCUGAAGAAGAUCCGGCAGCUGGAGGUGGGCCAGGCGCAGCUCAAGCAGGAGAUGUCCAAGUUCGCGCUGCCACCGACCGGCGGCGGAGGGGAGCGCCGGCGCUCGCAGUCCGUCUCGCCCAGCCGCGGCGCGCCGCCUCAUCCUGCGCCGGCGCCGGCGCCCUCGAGGCGGCUCUCCGGGGGACUUGAUGGAGGCCCGCGGGGGUGGGGCCGUGGCUCCGCGUCCUUCUCGCACUCGUCGCCGCUGCAGCGGGAAGGCCGUGCCGCGGCCGAAGGCGGCGCCACGGGCGCUGGGCUGGCGGAGCGGCAGUACCGCAGGGUGCUCCAGUCGCUGGGGCAGUCCGUCCACAUUCUUGACCUCGAUGGAAGGAUCAUAUACUGGAAUCGGUCUGCAGAGAAUCUCUAUGGUUAUCCUGCAUCAGAAGUACUUGGUCAGGAUGCACUCAUGCUGCUGGUUGAUUCCCGUGACCUCAGUGUGGUAAAUGAUAUGUUUCGACGCAUUUCUUUGGGUGAGAGUUGGACUGGGAAGUUUCCAGUUAAGAACAAGGCAGGGGAUAGGUUUUUAGCUGUUGGCACCAACACUCCAUUUUAUGAUGAGGAUGGCAGUUUGGUGGGCAUUAUUUGUGUUUCAAGUGAUUCACGCGCAUUGGAGGAGAUACUCAGUGGACCUUCAACCUCUGCCAGGUCCCAUUCAGAAUCAUCUAGCCCCUCCUGUUGUGAUGGCAGUUGCAGCAACAGUAAUCGAAAAACCAGUUUGUUGAACAGAAAUCCGUUUGAUCCCCAGCAGUCUACUAUAGCCUCCAAGAUAACAAAUUUGGCUAACAAGGUUACAAAUAAAGUUCGUUCGAGGGUCAAGAUGGAUGAGAAUGGCAUGCUACGGGAAGGUGGCAGUGGUGAGAGUCAGUGCUCUGAUCGUGAUAACAAGGAAGGUCCAUCUAGUGGACCAAGUACACCAAGAGGAGAUGCACCACAUGGCGCCUUCGGCACCGAAGAGAAUUCCCCUGGAAAAUCAACCAAAACAAAUGGUGAUGAAUCAGAAGCGAAAAUAGGUCUCCACAAGAUCUUGAGCUCAAAAGCAGAGGCAUUGUUGAACAAGAAAGGGAUAACAUGGCCUUGGAAAGGGCGGGAGAAUGACGGGCCUGAUUGCAGAAAUCAAGUGACCUGGCCAUCAUUGCAUGGUGAGCAAGAGAAUGGCCAGAAUCAUCCGAAAAUCUCUGACACUCAAGUGGCCGAAUUCAACCAACCUAAUAAAAAUGAGGCAUCAGGUUCCUGGUCUUCUUUCAACAAUAACAGCUCAAGUAGUGCAAGCAGCACUGGAAGCACCAAUAGUAGUGCUCUAUACAAAAUAGACCAUGAAGCAGACUGUCUGGAUUAUGAAAUCCUGUGGGAAGAUCUUGUAAUUGGAGAACAAGUAGGCCAAGGCUCCUGUGGGACAGUAUAUCAUGCCUUGUGGUAUGGCUCGGAUGUGGGUGUGAAAGUUUUCUCCAGGCAGGAAUAUUCCGAGGAAGUGAUACAGGCCUUUCGACAAGAGGUAUCCCUUAUGAAGAAAUUACGUCAUCCUAAUAUACUGCUCUUCAUGGGUGCGGUUACAUCUCCACACCGCCUCUGUAUUGUUACCGAGUUCCUCCCACGUGGAAGUUUAUUUCGCUUACUUCAAAGAAGCACUACCAAGUUGGAUUGGAGACGACGUGUUCACAUGGCUUUAGAUGUUGCAAGGGGCAUGAAUUAUCUUCAUCACUAUAGCCCACCUAUCAUUCAUCGAGAUUUAAAAUCGUCAAAUCUACUGGUUGAUAAGAACUGGACUGUUAAGGUUGCAGAUUUUGGUCUUUCACGUCUCAAGCGUGAAACUUAUCUGACAACAAAAACAGGAAAAGGAACGCCACAAUGGAUGGCUCCGGAGGUAUUGCGCAAUGAACCUUCAGAUGAAAAGUCUGAUGUAUAUAGCUAUGGGGUGAUCCUAUGGGAGCUUGUCACUCAGAAGAUACCCUGGGAAAAUCUCAAUUCAAUGCAGGUCAUUGGUGCAGUAGGUUUCAUGAACCAAAGGUUGGAGAUUCCCAGUGAAACAGAUCCUUACUGGACAUCACUUAUACUCAGUUGUUGGGAAACUGACCCACAAAGCCGUCCGUCGUUCCAAGAACUUCUGGAGAAGCUCAGGGAACUACAAAGGAAGUACGCUGUCCAGAAUCAGGUGCAGCGAAAUGCAUCUGCCGCUGCGAAGAAUAGCAUCAUCGAGGAAUGAAGAUUCCAACCUCUUGCUAAGGCGGUGGGUGUGUGAGUGAGGAGGGAAUAUUGUCGGUCGGCGAUGGAGCGACGUUUUAACCCAAGAAAAGAUUCGUGCCUCCUGUGUGAUUGUUUCAUGGAACAGCCGAGGCUGAAGAUUGUGCAGAUGAGGCGUCCUCUGAAUUCGUGUGAGGAUAUGCCUGAACUUCCUCCGACUGCAAUUUCUGGCAUCAAAGAUUAGAGUAGGGAGCCGAGGCUGGCGCUUUUGGGGUUCUACAUUCCGUGGUGAUGCGCGACUAACACGCGAUCGGAUUGAUCGGGCUUGCAUUUGUAACACGGAGAGGACGGUGUUGCUUUGUAGAUUGUUCAUUGUUCUGAUGACAAAUUGUACACGAGCUGCCAAUCAUCAAGAACCUUGUAAGAUUCAUGCU